UUCGCGAAUGCAUGUCUUCAGUCUGGUUAUAAACAAAAUUUCUAUGGUAUAAAGAAUCUGCGCGUUUUACUUUCAGUGUAGGUGUUAAAUGUCGUUUACGUCGCGAAUCAUCAGUCAGUGCAGCAGGCAGUCGGGUAAGGUCGUGAUAAUCGUGAAAAAGGGGGAAGACUGGGAAAAAUCAUCAAAAUACGUGGUAUAGCAAAAGUUAUCGGACUGUCCAUUGUGUGGUGAAAAAGUACAGAAAUCCAUCCCGAGAGUUCCGCUUUUUUUACAUAAUGACACGCUGCUAGAGUAUAGAGCUCGUACCGGAUAUCAGAGCAGUGACCAUGAACAACUUGAAGGCACCGUCGCUACACUCCUUAAUUGACUCAGAUCACGGUUCCUCGAAUGACAGCUUACUGGCCGAAUCAUUGCAGCUUGAUAUUGAAGAGCUUGACGAUGAAGAAUAUGCACUUCCCGCUGUCGACCAGCUGCCAACGUUGGAAAGUGUUCUCAGCGAGAUUGAUAGUGAUUUGGAUAGCGCUUCGGCACUGGGUAGAUGUGCGGUGGAUGGUGGAUCGAUUACAUCCGGGGCAACUGCGAGUGACCGUGCAGUAGGAGAGCUCGGGUCAACACCGACCCCUUCCAUAAGCGAUGAUUAUUUGCGAUUGGAGUCAAUUCUUAGACAUGUAAUUCUGCAGGGUGUCACUGCUCAGGUCACAUCAGCGGUGGAUCGGGUGGACGCUGGGCUAGCCACCUCCUGUAGUGUCUCACAGAUGAUCGCCGUUGGAACGUCUCAUGGACAUAUACUAGCCUUUGAUUGCACGCAAACGCUGAAGUGGUGCUGCCAGGAUGGAAUCACACAAGGUGCUGUCUCUGCGCUCGGUUUUAAUGAAGACAAUACGCGAUUGUUGGCAGGCUUUGCCAGAGGAAGCAUUUUGAUGAUCGAUACGUUCACCGGUGAUGUGAUUCGGACUUUGAACGAUGUUAUUACCCCGAACACGGGUGUGUUACAUUUGAGGUGGACUAACCGAUCGGCGUUGGCGUUAUGUUCAGAUUCUGGUGGUUCGGUGUGGAGUUUGAGUUUCACUAGACGACUUGGAAUACGAGGCUGUGAUUCACGCUGCCUUUUCAGUGGAGCUCGUGGAGAAGUUUGUACCGUCGAACCGUUACUGCUGGGGGAUGAAGAACAUCCGCUAAAGAACUACACCUUGGUUGCGUUGGCUACUUUGAGCAAGUUUUUUGUUGUAAUGAUCCGCCCUAGACUGAAGGUCGUCAAAUUCCAUCCAAUGGCUGGAUAUCCUGAUUGUUUGCCACUUCUUGCUUGGCAGAUGGUUUUGAUCCAAGCGGCUGAUUCGUCACGAACUGUUGACCCUGUUCUAGCCGCUGCCCGUGGGUCCGAUCUCUAUUUCCAUCAGAUCAGUUACUCUAGUGGUCGAAUUUCGCUCAUCUUCCUAAGACACAUUCAACUCAGUUACCGAAUGCUCGCUCUUCACUGGUUAGGACCGAAGACGAUUGCAUGCUUGGACACAGCAGAAGUUUUGCAUUUAUUGGACGUGCGUACCAACAAGGAGCUGGAAUCGAUUGACCUUUCUAACGUGGGUUUGAUGUACAAUUCGGCCCAGUUCAAAGCAUUGGCUACGGGUGGCAAUGUAAGUCCAGCUCUUGCUCUGGCAGGUGGAUCUGCGUGUUACAAUACGGUAGUCUCUCACGGCAGCCAGCUGUACUUGCUGGCGGGAAAAAGUCUACACGGUGUCAGCGCCAGAGCCUGGAGUGAUAGGAUAUCCUAUCUGACGUCAAUGCAGCGCUGGGAUGAAGCAAUUGAGCUUGCAGUAGACGGAUAUCGGGCUGCACGAGGUAGACAUCGUCGUCUUGUCGCUGCUAAGGAACGUAUUCUGCGCAUGUUUGAUGAAUAUUUGACGGCUACGAGAAGAACGCCGGAAAUUUGUCUGGAAGCGAUGGUUGCCUGUUUAAUCGAAAUCAAUGAGAGAGAUCUUCUAUGGCAAGAGUUGUACGAUCGUCUGCCAACACCAGAUCACUACCUGUCGAUUAUAGCUCGUCAUAUCGAAAAUGACGAUCUGGAUUCGAUUGCCCCGUCGGUGGCGCAGGUUCUGUGCGAAUCGUUCUGGCGCAAGCGCUGGAUUACACGAUUGGAGGGUUUAAUACUGAAGUUGAAUUGGCAGUGCUUGGACCUACAUCAAGUGCUGACAAUUUGUAGAAAGGAAAAACUCUAUCGGGCACAGAUGUACCUCAACACGAAAGCAUUAGGAGAUUAUACGGUUUCACUGACAGACUUGAUUCCACUGGUGCGAAAUGACAGCGGCGAAGGAGAUGUGCAUCAUCUCGGUAACUGUCUGCUGGUAUACAUAUCCAGUUGCCUUGCGGGGCGAGGUUAUCCCAGUGGGGACAUUGCUCCAGAAAUGAUUGCCACAGUGAAGCAUGAGGUACUGCGAUGUCUGACUGUGGUGCAUUCGAAAAAUGACCCCGAGCUGGAGUUACCCUAUCCUUAUUUGCGAACGCUGCUAGAAUUUGAUACGCGGGAAACUUUAAACGUAAUUUCACUGGCAUUUCAGGAAAAGGAAUUUAAUGGUGAGCUGGGAUUGUCGCAGCGUCAACGGAUUAUCAAUAUUUUAAUUGAAAUUUUGACGCCGGAGCACGCCAGCUGGUCGCAGAUUGGGUGCCUGUUGAAUUUCAUUGCCCAGCAGAUCGCAACUCGACAACUGCCAGAAAACGAUCUUUUACUCGAACGAGUGGUCAGUUAUUUGACUCGACAAUGCCAGGAAAGGGACGGUACUGCGAUGUCCAGAAGGGAACAUUCCGAACAAGAGCAAACCUGGCUUGAACUGCUCCGAUCCAACUGCCUUAGUCACAUUCCCAAUGAGGAACUAUUAAAAAUUUCUCGCCAAAGUGGGUGUUAUCGUGUUACGGAGUAUAUUCUUGAUCAAUUGCAACGGUACGAGGAGAUCUUCGAUUGUUAUCUGUUGGACGAGUUUCGACAUGCGGAACUGUUCGGUUACAUCGCCCAGUACUGCGAAGAGGAACAGAGGCAGAUUUUACCCUUGCUAAUGAGAAACUUCGAGCGUCUACUGGACAUCAGUGCUGAGCACACGACCAGAAUCGUCACGGAUUUGUUUAUGAAGCAUUUAAAUCAACUUCUCCGACUGCUCGAACAUUCUCCAGAGAAACUUUUCAUUUUUCUCCGACAACUGCUGCGACAAGGGAUUCAGUUGGAGACACGCGAUUGCGAACGAUAUCUUCAGUUGUUGUGUCAAUACCAGCCUGACCAGGUGAUCGAAUUUUUGAAAUCGAAUGAUUCCUACCGGUUGGAUUUUGCUGUCAAUACUAUCAAAAGCCACGGCAUGAGCACCGCAUUGAUCUAUUUGUACGAAAAGCAGGGUGAUUAUCAGUCGGCAUUCAGCAGUGCCGUUGAGGCCCUUAAGGACGCACCGGAGAGUACAGCGGAAAUGUGCGCUUUGCAGGUUUGCGGGCUUUGUAGCCGCGCUUCUGCCCUACUCUCGGAAGCGGAACGCGAAGAACUGUGGUUUUCGCUGUUGAAAAUUGUUCUUUCACGUAGCGAUUUAACUCAGAUAACGAAAAAUAUCCUCACCUCAGCGAGCGAGUUUGUUGAUUUGGCGAAGCUGGUUCAGCUAGUGCUGACUUCUGGAACGAAAACUGGCAACUUCGGUGAUAUCAAGCAUGUGCUCAUCGGAAUGCUAUCAAAUUCAGCCUACGAAACUGUUCUGCUGGAAACAACAUCCCGCAUACUCGGAAAAGAUCUGCAUACCAUCCUCGCCAGGGAAAAACGUUUCGCUCGGAAGGGGCUCUGUGUGAAAUCUAUUAAAUGUACUAUCUGUCGUCUAAGACUUUAUAGCGCAGCCAAGGAUUCGGUGCUGAUCUUCGGUAACUGUGGCCACGCAUCGCACAAGGAAUGUGCUAGUCGAUUCUGUACCGUUUCAAUGGAUUCACCCUCGAUGGAAGCCCAAAGCAACGGGACGCUAGUGAAGCUCCGAUGCCCUCGGUGCGAUCAGGUGAUAAUCGAAAAAGAAUCAGUCAAAACGAUCGAUUGUACUGUUGAGCUUAGAACGACCGAGCAGCAACGUAACAUCCGCACGGAAGAUCCCGAAGUGUUGAAGGUCAGUGCACCACCUCGAAUCGGGCUGUGAGAGUGUGGAUAUUUGUUUUUCAUACACUUCUCUUGCGAUUAUCUUUUCCUCGUUUCGUCGGUUUUGCAUGUAGCAAGAAUCCACAACCGAUAGCCAUCUCUAGUUCCGUAUGCACGGUAAGUUUAUUUCUGACUAGAUGCUACUCCAAAAACAUAAUUGUAAAGCUAUGAGGACACUUUUUUUACAACUGUGCAAAGCAUCUUCGUAGCGCCGUCAGGUUUCUUAUCUACUCUUAUUAUUUAUCAAAUUUGCACUAUGAUUAGAAGCCAACAAAAUGUAGCAGUUAUCAUAAAAUAGGCAUGAAAUUUCAAACAAUACACAGCAGUUAUCUAUGUAUAUUCGUCAAAAAAUCUAGGUUAACCAUUAGACGUCGGUCCAUACGGAAUCUGCGACCACGAUAGGCAAAUAAAUGUUUUUGUCUCUGAUGUUCA